AUGACUACCGCAUCCGUCGCCGGCGGAGACUGGACCUUCGAAAACUACGGCCCCAUAACAACAACAUUUACCCCGGCGCCCAGCUGUACCGCGACGGAUAGACUCUCCCUCGCCUCGAUCGAUGAUUAUACCUACGCCCAAUUCCAAGUCGCCUGUCCUACAUCAACGAGCGACUGGGACUGCAUGCCGCCUGGCACGACCACGUCGGCGACUUGGUACGAUGAGAUAAAAUGGGUCGGUUCUGCUGGAUACUACUCGCCAGGAUUGCACUGUCCUUCCGGCUGGAAGACAAUUGGUAUGGCUGCACGCGAUGAUAGGUCGCUGAGCACUUCGGGAUUUUUGACCACGUCAGAGGAUAAGAUUCCGUAUUAUGAGGAGCCCGUGACCCUUUUGGCGAGUAUGUUGGAGCCGAGUCAGACGAUGGCGCUUUGCUGUCCCAGCUCCAUGACACCAGAUGGUCUCGGCCAAUGUUUUGCUCAAGUCCCUACCUACAAGCCCAGCGUUGGUUGUGAGGUCUAUGUGGACAGAGACUACAAUUGGGCAAAGGUGACCAGAACAAAUGUGUAUUCCGGCAUCACGGAGACAAAUACCUACGAUGUGCACUCAUUUGUGAGCGCUACUACGUCGACUUAUUCCAUAUCUUUCCCCCAUGGAGUCGAGAGUGUGUUAGUGGCGAUCUCUUAUGUUCCUAUAAUUACUAUAGUGCACCAUCGGUCUGAUCUGGAGGCAGCUGGGGUUACGGGUGGGUCUACCAGUACCAUCUCUACUGGGACUGAGACUGGAACUAGAACUGCUAGCUCCGAGGCUACGGGAACUGCUGCUUCUACGUCGAACGCUGCGUAUAGACUCGGUAACAGAGCGUCUACUUUGGAUAAAUUUGAUGCGCUUAUCGGAGGCUUGACUGUUGCGGUGGCAUUAGGUGUAGCUAUGAUUAUCCUUUAA